UUGUUAUUAUUUUGUCAUAGGCAUGUCGAGUUUUUGUUUAUGGAACGAAUUUGAAUUAAAAAAGCCACCUUUGGUCACUAUACAAGUGGAAGAAACGGGCUUUGCUAAGCAUGUUUUUGUGGAAAUUAACCGAUACCUGCAACAGCUGAGCACACCUGAUGCACAGGAGUUUAACCAGACUGCUGCACUGAUAGGUCGUCUAAUGGCAAGGCGGAAGAGCUCCUUUCGCACCAUGCCGGGAUUCACAUCUGUAUGUAAACUGAAUGAAGCGCUCUGUCGACUGCUGCGUCUCGAUCUGCCGCGGGAAUUGGAGAACUUUCGCAGUGCCUUGCCCGAUGUAUGCGAUGAUGAGCUGUCCGGUGAGAUGCCAACUCGCAGCAGUUUUGAAUACAUUUUGGUGCGCCUCGUCAGCUUUUAUCAUUUGCACGAAAGGAUUCGCCAGUGCUGCUUAAAGGCAGCCAGAUACUUUGGCCAAAUGUUAAGCAACAAUUUCUUCAUGGAGUUCCUCACAGUGCUCCUGGCAGCCAUGGCAAAGAUCAACAAUAUUAGCAAGUUACAGACUAAUAAUUGUGCCAAGCUGUACAACAAACUGUUGAAACAGAGAUCCAACUUUCCUCAGGUGGAGAAACACAAGUUUCUUCCCGAGAAUUACGAAAUGCCAACCCAGCUGACUGUGAUCAAAUUCCCACAGACACCAAGGGAGGCCAAAGAGACGAAUCCGGCAGCAGUCACUUUAAAUGUGCAACCCUGUACAGUGGUUACCAAAUUGGAUAGGUCCAAGAAAAAGGCCAAAGCUGAUGUGGGCACUGUAAUUGCUCGCCAAAAGCCAAAGUUCUCGACGGAAACUGCCUUUCAACUGGACUCUCUGGCAACUGUGGAGGACGUGAAGCAUUUCAUUGUGCGAGAGUCCAAAGCCCGUCAACAAUCCCCGGAGAACUGCGUUACCAAAGCCAUGCAAAAUCACGAGUGGUUGUCUGCAAAAACAAUCUUCGAGCGCAAGUUAAAGGCCAAGGAGGAGGCAAAGGCUUUGAAUAUAUUUCGCAAAUUUAUUGGUAGUAAAAUAUAACAAAUAUCGAUUCAAUUCACAUUUACAAGACUUUGACCAUGCCCUCGGCCAACUGCAUACGCUUCAUCUCCACUGUGCGGUGUUGUGGAUGCGGAUUGAGCUUCUGUUGGUGAAAUAAAUAUCAAUCAAUAUAAUGAUAAUAAAAUUUAA